AUGAAAAAGCGAGUUGAUAAAUCUGCAAAAAAGGAACCAGACAAGGUGGAUUGUGGAACUGAGAAAGAGCCACAAAAGACUGCAGAUGACUACCAUUGUUCAGGAAAUCUUGAAGUGGAUCUUCCUGUGCUGUGUAAACUGACGGGUGUUAGAGAAGUCCCUACUGUUAAGAUAAGGCAGCCAGCACCAUCAUCAGAGAGUGGAAUUAUGGAAAGCCAAAUGUCAACGUGGUCCCCUAAGCCCUGUCUCCAGAUCGAGCUUGAAAAUGAAGAUGUAAAGGAGGUAAAGAUAUCUGGAUGGAAGGUGGAUGAGAAGAUGCUUCAGGUGCUGAGCAAAAUAUUGGCAUCGCUUGAUAACUUACAGAGCCUACACAUGUGGCGCACAAGUUUGACAGAUUACACCUUCACCUUACUGAGAAACACCAUCGCUCUGUGUUCAAAUCUCAGGAAAGUAGUUUUGGAAGGUAAUUCACUCCCGGAGCAGAGUUACCACUUAAUCAUUGGGGAGGGCAGCAUGUUGUCUUAUUUAUCACUGCGGAACAAUCGUAUAGGAGAAGAGGGAGCUCGUCUGAUUGGUUCAGCUCUUUCAACUGUACAUUCGUCCAACAAGACCCUCCUGUCACUCAACUUGGCCUUUAAUAACAUUGGGGACGCAGGUGCCAUUUAUAUCGCUCAGGGUCUGCGUUUUAAUCGUUCCUUGAGGUGUCUGUCAUUAUCCUACAAUCAUAUAGGUGAUAAGGGGGCGGCUCAUCUAGCUGAGGUGCUCAGUAGCUUUGCUUUGACACACGAAGAGAUCGUAGAGAGGAGGAGACUGAUAAUGAAGCGUGAGGAAUCGACGCUGGUCCAGCCGUCUCAGGUCAGUCUCACUGACAGCACAUCUCUUUCAGUCCACAGCAGUUCAUCGCUGGACCAUAACCCCAACAAGGGUGUCAAAAAGAAGGACAACCUUAAGAAAGAGGGGAAACCAGCAACAGUACAGAAAGAAGAGCCAAAGCUGGCAAAAAAAGACAACAAAGUGGCCCGUGGUCAGGCUGGAAAGGUGGGCGGCAAGGAUAAGAAUCUGACAGCGCCUGAGCCAGAGACAUUAGUACAUGAAACGGUGGAGGUGACUGAAACAGUGAUCCCACUUCUGGAUACUGAAAUUGUGCACACUGGAGGGAAAGUCCUUUAUCCAGGAAACCACUACCUAGACUAUCUUAAUCUCUCAGGAAAUAAACUGACAGAGGAAGCACUAAAGCUCUUCCUCUCAUCUUUGGAGAGCCAAGGUGAUGGAGGACUCCGCCGUCUCUCUCUCAAUAGGAAUCACUUCUCCCCAAACUGUGAAACUUUCCUGAAGAUACAAGAAAUGAUGUCUCUUAAGGACACAAUAAGUGCUGGUCAGGUGAAGGAUGAAGAACAGGUUGAAGCACAGAGCAAUGGAUAGGUGGAUAGGCAUAGAUUAAUAAAAAAAAACAAUCUGCCUCCAUCUAACUCUUUUCAAGGUUGCAUAAUUUUAUAAACUUGCCAGUUUUCAUGUUCAUAUUUAUCUUUUAGCCAUGUUAUAUUUUCAACACAGCCUAUAUUCAAACUUGAAACAUACUUGAAGAUAUUGUUUUUAAUGAUUUUAAUAAAUUUAUUGUCUGUUUAAAUGCUCUAAAAUGUUUUGUAGACAAAUAUAAAAUUGUAAUGAUAUAUUGCAGAGCUUCUCAGACUUUUCUGGUGUGCAGCUCCCCUGUGUACGGUACAUCCCUUUGUGCCCCCCCAAAAAAUGUUUUGACAUAAAACAUUCAAUUCAAUUUGAAUUAAACAAAACAUAUUAAAUUGUACAUUGUAGUGGUGUUGGUUAGUAGUCUUAUUUUUCUGAGGUUUAAUUACACAGACAUUUUUAUAAAUUAAAAGGGAUAGUUCACACAAAAUUGUAAUUCUGUCAUCAUUUUUUCAUCCCAAUGUUGUAAACCUGUAUGAAUUUCUUUUUUCUGAUGAACACAAAAAAUAUAUAUUUUUAAAAAGUGAUGUAAGCAAAUAGCUGAUUGGAAUUGACUUCCAUAGUAGGAAAACAAAUAUUAUGGAAGUAUUGUGAUAAAUGAUGAAGAAGAUAUUUUGAUAAAAGAGGGUAAUCACAGAUUUGAUGGUACCCAUUGAAUUCUAUCAUAUUUUCUUACACUGGGGCACCCA